CCCCUCCGUCUCCAGAUCUGCCUUGGAGGGUGGGCGCUGUCAGGUUGUUCUCAGUUGUGUCCCCAGAGCCUGCAACCCCGCUGGACACACCCUAGCCGGCAGGUGCUCCUCAGUUAAAUUUAACUAAUCUGUUUGGGUCCCAGUCACAACUGGCCUCUUUCUCCUCCACCCAUUGUCUCCUCUCUGCUGGUGGUUCUUGCCUCCUCUCAGGCCCUGGAAAAUGUGUGUGGCAUUGCAAUGGAAAUCAGAGAAGUCGGGAUCCUGGGCAUACAUGUGUCCCCCCUGCUGCGGCCCGGCAGACACCGAGCCCAGGAGAGAGGCCCGGGCUGUGAAGCCUGGAGCCCAACUGUCCCGGCUCGGGCCACUGACACCCCGCGGGUCACUGGGCAAGAGUUUUAAUCUCCGCCAGUCUCCCUUUCCUCAACUAUAAAACGGAGCUAAUAAUAGGACCUACCUCUCCCCGCUGCGGUGAGGAUUAGCACGGGGGCUGGUAAUACACAGAGUUCAGCAAAUACUAGCUAUAAUUAUCGCUAAUCACGGGGAUUUAGGAAGCCAUCACACACGCCCUUCCCUCGGCCACCCGGCGGCCUCCUCGCCCCACGCGCGGUUCCCCGAGCAGAGGCAGAGAGAAUCCAGGGCAGCCCGGGAACUAAGAGAAGGAGAAACAAGGGGAGACCGACUUUGAUAACGUUCUGGUUCACUCGCAACAGGCGCUUCUCUUUAAUCACCCUGGUGAUGGUUUCUCACGUCCUAAUAAACGCUGAAUUAUGGACCCAGAACCACGGCCCCGGCAGGAAAUAGGGGCUGAGUUUCCUGCAAGACUUGGGCCACAAUUUUUUUUGUCGUUGUGAACUGAUCAAUGCAUAACCUUGUUUUACGGGUGUUUCGGCUCGAAGACACCUUGUCCAGGAUGUAUUGUGUUGUACUGUCCAGUCACUGACACUGAACGCUGGGCCGGAAGGGCUGUAACUCACGCCUGAAGGAAGCUUAUCGAAGCCCGCUUGCGCUUCGGACGUGAGACUUCAGCCCUAGGCCCGGGGGCCGUUUGAAACCCCCGAAUCACCCACAAAAAAUGCACACGAUGGCAGAAAGGACCGUGCUCACAGGAUGAAGGCUUGUUCCUGGUCAUUGGGGAACACGUGUCCGAGCCGCCGCUGGUCGGCUGCUCUGCGCAUGCCCGUAACCAUGGAGUCCCGGGUUACAAACACGUCUUAGCGGGUGGGCGAAUUGGCAAAGACGCAACCCGCCCAUGGCGAGCGGGACUGUAUAUCCCAAACAUUAUCAUGUCAUCGUGUAAUUAAUAUAAAUAUCAUCAACGGAUAGUUGACAUUCUCCUUUUCGUGCUAAGUCUUUGAAAUCCAGGGUCUAUUUUGUACUCACGACACAUCUCAAUUUGGACCAGCCCGGUUUCAAGUGCUGGUCGAACAGUGCAAGACUCUACAGCUCUCUCCGGGUUCUCCAAGGCACCGAGGAACUCAAAAACAAAACAUAAAAAAGCAAGGUCAGCUUACAGCCCCCUUGGAGAGCUAUGUGGCAAUGCCUAGGAAUUUAGCUGAGCAUUUUUCUUCCCACCCAGGAAUUCCACUUUGAGGCCAGGGCCCCCAGGAAGUGUACCACUUAGCCCAAGGCAACACGUAGAAGAAUUCUUUCCACCCCUUCUUGUAAGACCAGGAUAUCAGAGGAAAAGAAAACGUCCAUGCUGGGAAGAAGCCAUCAGUAAAAUACAGUCUGUCCAACCCCCUAGACUAGUCAACAUCUUUGCAAAGGAAAAGACCUGAGCUCGAUACUCGCAAACAGGGUUGAGCUGGUGAGAACAAAAGCAAGCUACGGGAGGUCAGGGACAAGAUACUAUUUAUACGACGUUAAAAACAUGCAAGGCGAUACUCUAUGGCAGUUACAGAUUCAUACAUGUUCUCUUUAACACGAAGAAGAACUAACACCUCCUUAGGGAGUGCGGUUGCUUCCGGGAGAGAAGGGAAGGGUUUGGAGAAGGGAGGACACAGCCACGGCCCUCCGACGCCUUGUGGAGCUGACAGCCAGCAGGGUGACCCCACUGAGGAAUCUGCGUGUCCAGUAUCGCCUCCUCCGAAAGCUGGGCUCCGGCUCCUAUGGCCGCGUGCUCCUUGCCCGGCCUCGCCAAGGGGGUCCUGCUGUGGCUCUGAAGCUUCUACCUCGGGACUCUGUCCUGAGGACCACCUUCCUGAGAGAGUUCUGUGUGGGCCGCUGUGUCUCAUCACAUCCAGGCCUGCUCCAGACCCUGCCGGGACCCCUGGAGACUCCCCGACACUUCGCCUUCGCCCAGGAGUAUGCCCCCUGUGGGGAUCUCAGCGAGAUGCUGCAGGAAAGGAGAUGCCCGGGCAGCCAUCAGACGAGGAACAGGUGUUGAUGGAGGCUGUCGAGGACGGCGCUGAGGAGGACCUGGGGGGCCUCACGGCAGAGGAGCUGCGGCAGGGCCAGCAGGCGGCCCUGGCACUGGAGGACAUGAUGGCACUGAACGCCCAGACCCUGGUCCGGGCCGAGGUGGACGAGCUCUACGAGCAAGUGCGGCCCCUGGGCCAGGGCCGCUUCGGCCGGGUCCUGCUGGUCAACCACCGUCAGAAAGGCACAGCCCUGGCCCUGAAGCAACUCCCCAAGGCCUCCACCACUCUGCGCGGCUUCCUGUACGAGUUCUGCGUGGGCCUCUCGCUGGGCUCGCACGCGGCCAUCGUGGAGGCCUGCGGCAUUGGCAUCGAGUCGGCCGACUCCUACAGCUUCCUGACCGAGCCGGUGCUGCACGGGGACCUCAUCGCCUUCAUCCAACCCAAGGUGGGCCUCCCUCAGCCAGCAGCCCAGCGCUGUGCGGCCCAGCUGGCCUCAGCCCUGGAGCACAUCCACUCACUCGGCCUGGUGUACCGGGACCUUAAGCCCGAGAAUGUGCUGGUGUGCGAUCCGGCCUGCCGGCGCGUCAAGCUGACCGACUUUGGCCACACGCGGCCCCGCGGGACCCUGCUCCGCCUGGCUGGGCAGCCCAUCCCCUACACGGCACCCGAGCUCUGCGGCCCCCCGCCCCUGCCCGAGGGGCUGCCCAUCCAGCCUGCCCUGGACGCCUGGGCCCUGGGGGUCCUGCUGUUCUGCCUUCUCACUGGCUACUUCCCGUGGGACCAGCCCGUGGCCGAGGCCGACCCCUUCUACGAGGACUUCGUCAUCUGGCAGGCCUCGGGCCAGCCCCAGGACCGUCCCCAGCCCUGGGUCGGCCUGACGCCCGUGGCGGACACUCUCCUGUGGGGGCUGCUGGACCCCCACCCCCGGAGGAGGAGCCCCGUGGGCUCGGUGCAAGGCUACCUGGGCCGGCCCUGGAGGCAGCGGGAGGGGGAGGCUGAGGAGGUGCAGGAGGGGCACGAGGGGCGCACAGAGUGAAAAGGGGGGCGGCCUGGGCCCAGCCCUGCCCGGGGAGGCUCGGGAAGGGAACCGGGUUGCAUCCUGAGGGCCCCUGGGCCCUCCUGGGCGGCUCCUGGCUGCUCUGCCGUCAGUCCACCUCUGCCUGGUGGUUUUCCCUCUGUCUUCACUCCCCACACCGGCCAUCUGUCAUCUGCCCUGGUCUGUGGGGUCUCUGAGAGUGCCCCGUGUCUGUCUGCACCCCUCUCCGUCUUCCCCGGGCCUUGGCACACGCUGCUCCCUCUGCCUGCUGUGCUCAUCCCCCCACCUCCCGCCAGCCUCGCUCAGCAAGGCACAGCCCCCCCCAGCCCCCAGCAGAGCCCUGUGGCAGUACCCAGCCUGCGCGCCCACCCCGCCCUAGCGCUCUCCUCUGCCACGCACUCCCUUCCAGCAGUAAGACCUGUUGAUUCCUUGGGGUUAUUCCCUGUGGGAUGUGGGCUCCUGGAGGGCAGGGCUGGAACCCACAGAGCGGGGAGAGAGGGCAGCGGUGGGGGGGGGGGCUCUGCCCCGGGCAGGUGGUCCAGGGAUGCUGGGUGGACAAGGGGCAGCGUCUGGGUUUGCACUGCCUUCCUCCCAGACGCUGCCCUCCCAGUCUCAUCCUUCUCUCGCCGGUUCCACUCCCUGCCCGACUCCCUCUGCCCCUUCUCUGCCUCCCACGUGCCCAGUUGCUAUCUUCUCUCUCACUUCAGCUGCUCUCUGCAAAUAAAAUCGCCUGGCACUGAG